UCCCAAUGCGGCGGCCAGUGCGGGCCAGCAGUAUAUAAACCCUUGAACCAACUACCAAAAUCGUACAGUUUCAUUUCAACUACCUUAGUCUUAACAUGAAGGUUUUCGUUUUCGCUGCUUUGGUCGCCGUUGUUGCCGCUGGAGGUUACCACCAGGCCCCUGCGUACAAACAAGAAAAACCCUACAUGAGCCAUCCUGCUCCAUCAUAUCACCACACUCCCACCUACAAGGAGAACAAACCCGCAUACCAACCCGAAUACAAAUCAGCCGAGUACGCCCCAAAAAGCUAUGACGUCUCAACACCAUACAACUUCCACUGGGCCGUAAAGGACGACUACUCUUACAACAACUUUGGCCAGCACGAGUCCAGCGAUGGCUAUGGUCGCGUGUCCGGCUCUUACCACACUCUCCUGCCCGAUGGCCGCACUCAGAUCGUCACCUACAAGGCCGACGACUACGGAUACGUCGCCGAUGUGAAAUACGACGGAUAUGCCAAGUACCCCGAGUACAAAGCUGCCGAUUCCUAUCACAAAGGUCCUUCUUAUUCCGCUCCAAAAUACGAGGCCCCUAAAUACGAGGCCCCUAAAUACGAGGCCCCUAAAUACGAGGCCCCUAAAUACGAGGCCCCUAAAUACGAACCCAAGUACGAACCCAAGUACGCUGCCCCCAAAUACUAAUGACGUAACCAUCAUUCCGAAAAAACCGAUUUUGACAACAACGAAUAUUUAAGAAUCCUAAUUAUAUAUUUAUAUUUCCAUGGAUAUAUAGUGGAUGAGCAAUCAAAUAAAAUUUAUACAUGAACAUGCAAAAA